AUGUGCAAGGAGUACGAUACGAAGAAUCUGAGGACAGUUUUAGUCGAGGAAAGCUGUCCAGACGAUGAAAAUUACGAUUUCCGCGCGGUAAUGAACUUCAAGAAUCACAGUCCGAAGUCUGAAUUUCCUCAAAGUCAUCAGUGUCCAAAGUCUGAAUUUCCUCAAAAUCCUCAGAGUCCGAAGUCUGAAUUUCCUCAAAGUCUUCAGUGUCCAAAGUCUGAAAUUCCUCAGUCUUCAAAUCUUCGAAGUCCGAAAUCUGAGUUUCCUCAAAAUCCUCAGAGUCCGAAGUCUGAAUUUCCUCAAAGUCUUCAGUGUCCAAAGUCUGAAAAUCCUCAGUCUUCAAAGUCCGAAGGAAUCCUCGACUGCCUCUAUCUCCUUCUACUGAAUCAAAUCGCCAUCUACGGAGUGUUCUCCAAACGCGUUCACUUGAAAAUCCUCGUACCGGACGUGAUCAACCAUCACACUCACACCAGAACGGUUCUGCUUCACCUUCACGUGCCCGUCAAAUCGAGGAAACUUCCGAAGAAACCGAAAACCCAGCACAAACACGAGUAUCAUCGCGAGAAUUGGAGUUCCUGGAGUUACGGCCGUCAUCAAGACGAUCGCGACGAACCCGAACUCGAUCACGAGGACUAUCACGAGGAUCGCCGAGAGAAAUUGAAGGAGAAACAACAGGAUCGUAAGAAGCAUCGACACGAGUACGUCCCAGUUUACGAUUAUCAGAAAGAUCCUUAUCUGCCGCCGUCUUACGUCGAGGAUAACAAUUUGGAGGAGAAGAAUCGUGGUCAAGAUGGUGAUUCGUAUGCGGUUCACGAAGACGUUAAUGACACACCACCGAACACGGAGACUUUCUCUUACAAUUACGAGGAGGGGUACAAGAAGGGUUUGCAGACCGAGACUGGACACCUUCGGACCGAUCAGAUGCACAAGUUUCACGAAGACCGGCAGGAGGAUCAAGGUGACGUCGAGGAUGACGGGUUCAAGGAGGAUUUCGAGUCGAAAUCGCAGUCUGGGAGAUAUCUGGUGGAUGACGUCGAGUACGAGAACACUAGAGACAAACGUGAACACGGUAGAAUACGCAGGAGGAUUCGUGAAACGUAG